UGGCUCAGGCGUGAGCUACGCCCGUUGUGGCAUCACGCAGGAGGCCGUUGCUGCCGAAGCCACUGCGUCGGGACCCCGCACAGGGUGGGCCCCACCGAAGUCCGGCGUGCCCGCGAGCUCUCCAGACGGCAUGCCGCGCGCCCCGAGCACCGCGGCCCCCGCGGCCGAGAGCCGCCCAGCAGCCUCCAGGCUCCGCGUGGCCGUUGCCGGCGCCGGGCCUGGCGGCCUGGGCUGCGCCAUCGGGCUGGCACGCCAGGGGCACGAGGUCCACGUCUUCGAGCGGCUCGACGCGCCAGCGGUGCGCGGCCUCGUCAGCCGCGAGCGCUCCUACCCGGUCGCCGUGGAGGCCCGGGGCAUGCGCGCCCUGGAGAGGCUCGGCGCCGCGGGCCCGCACAGCGCGGUGCGCAGGCACAUGCCGCAGCGCCAGGACUUCCACUUCGACGCGCUGAUCGGUUCCCGCGACGCGCUGGUGCAGGGCCUGCUGGAGCACAUCGAGGAGAGUCAGCCGACCUGGCCAGGCUCGGUGCACAUCUACCACUGCUGCGGCGUUGCCGGCGUGGACCUCCGCCGCCGCACGCUGGAGUUCGCGCCGGGCGCCGCCGCUCCGGGCGUCGAGGCUGCCGCGCGCGCCGCGCCCUUUGACCUCAUCUGCGCCUGCGACGGAAGGAACUCGCCCGUGCGAGAGUCCGCCGUGCUGCAGGUCGCCGACCUGCAGGUCUCCCACCACGAGGAUUGGACCAGGUACAAGACCGUCACCCUGGACCAACCGCGCGGGCUCGCGCCAGGGCGCAUGCACUUCCUGGACGGGGUGCACGUGGCCGUGCUGCCCGACGGUACGGCCGUCGGCCGCAUCGGGAUGAAGGGCGCCGGCAAGGGCAGCGGCGCGGGGCAGCUGCGGCGGAUGGGGCUCACCAGUCUGAUGCCCUACGUCUCCCCCGAGAGGAGGCCGCCUUCGACUCGCGCCGCAUCAACUCCGAGGGCGGCGGCGCGAACGCCUCGCGCCUGGUCGCGGGCGGCUGCCUCGCCCUCGUCGGCGACGCGGCCACCUCCUACGUCGAGUCCCACGGGGGCCACGGGGGCGCCAACCACGCGCUGGAGAUGGCGGCGUCCCUGGCGGAGGCCCUCGCGGCCUGGGGCGGCGCCGACCUGGGGGAGGUGCUGCGCGCGUGGAGCGAGGCCCGGAUGCCAGACGAGCUCGCGUAUGCUCGGGGCCAGCUCGGGGGGCCGGAGGACACCUCGCCCUACCGUGAGCUGUCGGCGAAGGGCAAGGGCAAGGGGAAGGGGAAGGGCGGCAAGGGCAAGUUUGACGGCAAGAGUGGCCACGGUGCAGGCGCGGCUGACGCCCACCCCACGCCCGAGCCUGGCAGCCGAGAGUUUGAGCCGCACUCCUGGGGCCAGAAGGGCUGGAGCGAAGGGCCCGGCGCUGGCUGGAAGGGCAAGGGCGGCAAGGGCAAGGUGGACGGCAAGGGCGGCCACGGUGCAGGCGCUGCCGACGCUCACACCGCGGUCGAGCCCAGCAAACAGGAUCUCGACCCGCAGUCCUGGGGCCAGAGGGGCUGGAGCGGAGGGGACGGCGCCAAGGGCUGGGGCGCCGGCUGGAAGGGCAAGGGACAAGGGCAAGGACAAGGGCAAGGACGAUGGCAAGGGCUGGUGGGGCUGGUGGGGCUGGUGGGGCGGCUCCUGAGCCGAGGCGCUGGAGAGCACAGGCGGUCCACACCGGUGGUUGCGCGGCGCCGUCGCUGCGCAGGGCUCCGCUCGUGCCCUCCGGAGCUAAAGGCUCCCCAGCUGGAGCUAAAGGCUCCCCAGCUGGGCCAUGCACGCCAGGGAGCUGCGCGCCCCCUUCCCAUCGGAGGGCGUUGCGCCCUCGGGCCGCCUCUGGCUUUCGUGAAGGAAGGCAGCUUGCCAUGUGCAGUACUGUCCCUGCUGGCACGGUUCUGUCCAGUACUGAUGAGCCGGUACUCGGGUUCCUACGGGCAUGGCUCUUCGAUGAACUGCGUGUCACCAUCUGCCAGCAAGGAGUGUGCGCCAAGAGUUCGCCAAUGAGUGUUACCUCUGGAGCUUGCCGCGCACAUGAAUAUCGCAAAACAAAACAAA